AUGGCGGUAAAAAGACACCGAGGGAUAAGUAGAUGUGGUUGCAAGGCUAGAGUUGUUGUUGUGAAGGUUUCUGGGUGCAAGCAGUAUGCUUUCUCUCUCAUUGUAGAGGGACACAAUCAUACGAUGACGCCCCCAGAAAGAGUUCAUUUUAUGAGAUCACACCGUCAUAUUUCAGAACCUGCAAAGCUACUGACAAAACAACUCGGUUCAGCUGAUAUACCUACUCAUAAAAAGAUGAGUAUUUUGGAGGUGCAAUCUGGAGGAAUGGAGAAAAUUGGUUUUACCAAAAAGGAUAUUUACAAUUUUGAAUAUUAUGAGAGUAGCCUAAUGAAGAACCAUGAUGUUGAACUGGUGACUGAGUAUUUUUUAGCUGAACAGAAAAACAAUAGAUCAUUUUAUUUCAAGAUUGAGGGAGAUUCUAAUGACAGGCUUACUCGAUGUUUUUGGGCAGAUGCAACUUCUAGACGAGCAUACGGGUUUUAUGGAGAUGUUGUCGUGCUCGAUACCACAUUCAAUACGAAUCGAUAUGGCUUGCCAUUUGCACCAAUGUUGGGGGUUAAUAACCAUGGUCAGACAAUUGUUUUCGCAUGUGCAUUUUUAAGUAAGGAAACGACUGAGUCAUUUAUUUGGAUGUUUGAGGAGUUUAAGAAAGCUAUGCCAGGUGGUGGGCCAAAAAUGAUCAUUACAGAUCAAGAUGCAGCUAUGGCUAGAGCGAUUUUUGAAGUAUUCCCCAUUACAUUUCAUCGACUUUGCAUAUGGCACAUCACAACCAAGUUCUUUGAUAAACUACCAUGGACUGUUUAUGAGGAAUAUUGGAAAGAUUUUUAA